AAGGUAAAGAUCGCGGCUGUGUGUAUUGCAGAUGAAAACCGCGCCCCCGGCUGCCAGUGUGCGCAGCGCGUCUCCUCAGGGUGGCCAGGCCAGGUCACAAGUUUCCAGGAACGGCCCCUGAGCGCAAUCACACACUCACGGCAUGGAGGGCGGUUCCUAAACCCAGGAGAUCGAGGCGAAUGUUCUGCUCGAAACGAAAGCUUUUACCGAGUCAAAGGUUCCUCGGAGCUGCCGCCCUGUGAGAGCCAACAGGUGGGAUGACAAAUCAGACCCCGCACGCCAACGGCAUGCAGGCGCUCCGGAAGGAGCACCUGUACAAGGUGCUGGUCAUCGGAGACCUCGGCGUCGGGAAGACCUCCAUCAUCAGGCGCUACGUUCACCAGACUUUCUCCAGCAACUACAGGGCCACGAUCGGAGUGGACUUCGCCCUGAAGGUCUUGAACUGGGACUCGGAGACUGUCCGGCUCCAGCUGUGGGACAUUGCAGGUCAGGAACGGUUCGGGAACAUGACGCGGGUGUACUACCGCGAAGCCAUGGGCGCCUUCAUUGUGUUCGACGUGACGCGGCCCACCACCUUCGAGGCUGUCAUCAAGUGGAAGGAGGACCUGGAUUCGAAAGUGAUGUUGGCAAAUGGACAGAGCAUCGCUACGGUGCUGCUGGCGAACAAGUGUGACCAGGGGAGGGAAUUGAGUAACAACGGCAUCAAAAUGGAGCAGUUCUGCAAGGAUCAUGGCUUUGUUGGGUGGUUUGAGACCUCAGCUAAGGACAACCUCAACAUCAGCGAUGCUGCAAACUUCCUGGUCAAGCACAUCAUGGCCACAGAGAAUGACAUCCUGAGGUCCGUGGUGCCAGACACCAUCUCCCCUCAGAUGGACUCCAGCAGGCAGAUGAGCUGCUCCGGCUGCUUCAAAUAAUGAAAGGAGGGAGGAAAGGAUGAAAGGACAUGCGAGGGCAGAGGCAGGAUAAAGACUACGAGGGUCAGACGAUCUUCCAAAGGAAAAUCCUACGUAGUAUUCAGGAUGGAACGGUAUGAAGUCGCUGGUCCACUCAGUCAAACUGUUGCUGGUGUUGUGAUGAUCAAAGUUAACGUUGACACCAAAGCUAGGCCCUCCUAUUUUUAGAGUGCCUUUUGAAAUGUGGUCACAAUGUGUUUCUGGAGAUCUCUGGUGACACCAAUGUCGAAGCUGUUUGUAUAAUACAACAGAAAGCAUAUCCAAGAGUAAGUAACCCCCAUGUUCCCAAGACUAUCUUCUUUCUUCUCACUGCAGUUUACUUUGAAUGGAAAUGAUAACUUCUUUACGUUUCUGAAGAAAACAAAACCUAUUUUUUUUUUGUUAAAGUAACUCAUUAAUCCUCUGUUUACUCUAAAAAGGUAUAGAGAAAAAUCCUUUGAGACUGUGAGCUUUCUUUAAUGUUAUGCUAACAAGGCAAAUGGAGGGCUGUGGACCACUUUGAGUGAAGCACACGCAUUUUUAUUAUGAUUUUAAGUUAUUUACAGAGUGCUUGUGUGAGUAUUUUUAUGUUGCAUGUAGAGCUUGGAAAAUAUAACCGCCACUCGACUGUGAGAAUAAUUUAAUUUUGGAUUUUAAAUAAGAACGCGGUUUUAUUUAUAGUAACAGCCUGGUUGGACUAUGCCAACGUGAAGUGAUAAAACAUCCCGGAGUUAUGGCUGCUGCAACAGUUAAAGGUCUGAGGGACGUUUCAGAGACGAUCAUUCCCCUUUCCAUCGCAGCUGAAUAAAGCGCGAUUGUGUGACAGGUUUGCAAACCGCAUGAAGUUUUAUUGAUCUUAAUGUUGUAAGAUGAACACACUUCAAUUCGUCCACCAAAACCUCAGUAUCCAUGGUAACAGGAGUCUUUUUAUGGGGUUUGCUCUACCAUCUAUGUAGAGCUGUUUCUCACUGUGCCAUGCACACAAACACACUAAAGAACCCAUAAAGGCUCUGCAUGUCCUCUCUCCUACUCAGUGGCUUUGUUGUUUCACUUUUUUUUUUGUUCACGUCUUCCUUUAUGAAUUUAAAGGUUAUUUCAGCAUUUCAGAGGCUUGCUAGUACUAGUAGGCUGUAUCUUGUGCACCAAGCCAGGAUUUGCCUUUUACUUCUUACCGUUUACAGGAUUCUAACCUCGUGUUAACUCUAGGUAAAUAUCAGCAAAAUGCCACAUCUGACCAAGAUUUAGAAAAACAAAAAGCUCAAUCAUCCAGAGUUAUUGGCAUCCCAGGUAAAGAUGUGCAAAAAGCCUUAAUAUAAAUCCAGCUUUUAUUGCAGUUGCAAGAUCGCACACUGAGAUAUUUAGCAAAAUCCAAGUGUAUUUUUUGAGUAUAUUUAUUGAACGAGUCAAUAUGAAAAAAA